GGCUUGGCUUUGCCGCGCUCGGUGCACUUGGGCGAGAGCAGGAACGUGGAACGGAGCUCCGAUCCCAGCGCAGCCACCGCGAUGAGAGGCGCCCGUGGCGCCUGGGAUUUUCUCUGCGUCCUGCUCCUCCUGUUUCGCGUCCAGACAGGCUCUUCUCAACCAUCUGUGAGUCCAGGGGAACUGUCUCUACCAUCCAUCCAUCCAGCAAAAUCAGAGUUAAUAGUCAGUGCUGGCGACGAGAUUAGGCUGUCAUGCACCGAUCCAGGAUUUGUCAAAUGGACUUUUGAGACCCUGGGUCAGUUGAAGGAGGACACGCACAAGGAAUGGGUCACAGAGAAAGCGGAGGCCGCCAACACGGGCAAUUACACGUGCACCAACAGAGACGGCUUAAGCAGGUCCAUUUAUGUGUUUGUUAGAGAUCCCGCACGGCUUUUCCUCGUUGACAUUCGCUUGUAUGGGAAAGAAGACAAUGAUACGCUGGUCCGCUGUCCUCUGACAGACCCAGAUGUGACCAAUUACUCCCUCACGGGGUGCGAGGGGAAGCCUCUUCCCAAGGACUUGACGUUCGUCGCCGAUCCCAAGGCCGGCAUCACGAUCCGAAACGUGAAGCGCGAGUAUCAUCGGCUCUGCUUGCACUGCUCAGCGGACCAGAAGGGCAAGCCCGUGCUGUCAACGAAAUUCACCCUGAAAGUGAGGGCAGCCAUCAGAGCUGUCCCGGUGGUGUCCGUGUCCAAAGCAAGCUCGCUUCUUAGGGAAGGGGAGGAAUUCUCUGUGAUGUGCUUGGUCAAGGAUGUGUCCAGUUCCGUGGACUCCAUGUGGAUCAAGGAAAACAGCCAGCAGACUAAUGCACAGACGCAGAGUAAUAGUUGGCAUCAGGGUGACUUCAAUUUCGUACGUCAGGAAAAGCUGACUAUCCGCUCAGCUAGAGUCAAUGAUUCUGGAGUGUUCAUGUGUUAUGCCAAUAAUACUUUCGGAUCAGCGAAUGUCACAACCACCUUGGAAGUUGUCGAUAAAGGAUUCAUUAAUAUCUUCCCCAUGAUGAAUACUACAAUAUUUGUCAAUGAUGGCGAGAAUGUGGACCUGACUGUUGAAUAUGAGGCAUAUCCCAGACCUGAACACCAGCAGUGGAUUUAUAUGAACAGAACCUUCACUGAUAAAUGGGAAGAUUAUCCUAAGUCUGACAAUGAAAGUAAUAUCAGAUACGUGAGUGAACUGCAUCUCACCAGAUUAAAAGGGAACGAAGGAGGCACUUACACAUUUCAAGUGUCCAAUUCCGAUGUCAACUCUUCCGUGACUUUCAAUGUUUAUGUGAACACCAAACCAGAAAUCCUGAGUCAUGAAAGUCUCGUGAAUGGCAUGCUCCAGUGUGUGGUAUCUGGGUUCCCAGAGCCCACAGUAGAUUGGUAUUUUUGUCCAGGAACCGAGCCGAGAUGUUCCCUUCCUGUUGGGCCAAUGGAUGUGCAGUUGCAAAACUCCUCUGUCUCACCAUCUGGAAAACUUGUGGUUCAGAGCUCCAUUGAUUAUAGUGCAUUCAAGCACAACGGCACGGUCGAGUGUAGGGCUUACAACAAUGUGGGCAGGAGUUCUGCCUUUUUUAACUUUGCAUUUAAAGGUAACAGCAAAGAACAAAUCCAUCCCCACACCCUGUUCACACCUUUGCUGAUUGGUUUUGUGAUCGCAGCUGGUAUGAUGUGCAUUAUCGUGAUGAUUCUUACCUACAAAUAUUUACAGAAACCCAUGUAUGAAGUACAGUGGAAGGUUGUUGAGGAGAUAAAUGGAAACAAUUACGUGUACAUAGACCCAACACAACUUCCUUAUGAUCAUAAAUGGGAGUUUCCCAGAAACAGGCUGAGUUUUGGAAAAACUCUGGGUGCUGGGGCCUUUGGGAAAGUGGUUGAGGCUACCGCAUAUGGCCUCAUUAAGUCGGAUGCCGCCAUGACUGUCGCCGUUAAGAUGCUCAAACCAAGUGCCCAUUUAACUGAACGAGAAGCCCUAAUGUCUGAGCUCAAAGUCUUGAGUUACCUUGGUAAUCACAUGAAUAUUGUGAAUCUUCUUGGAGCGUGCACCGUUGGAGGGCCCACCCUGGUCAUUACUGAAUACUGUUGCUAUGGUGAUCUUUUGAAUUUUUUGCGAAGAAAACGUGAUUCAUUUAUUUGCUCAAAGCAGGAAGAUCACGCUGAAGUGGCACUUUAUAAGAACCUUCUGCAUUCAAAGGAGUCUUCGUGCAAUGAUAGUACUAAUGAAUACAUGGACAUGAAACCCGGAGUUUCCUAUGUUGUGCCGACCAAGGCGGACAAAAGGAGAUCGGCAAGAAUAGGCUCAUACAUAGAAAGAGAUGUGACUCCCGCCAUCAUGGAAGAUGACGAGUUGGCUCUAGACCUGGAGGACUUGUUGAGCUUUUCUUACCAGGUGGCCAAGGGCAUGGCCUUCCUCGCCUCCAAGAAUUGUAUUCACAGAGACCUGGCUGCUAGAAAUAUCCUCCUUACUCAUGGUCGAAUCACAAAGAUUUGUGAUUUUGGUCUAGCCAGAGACAUCAAGAAUGAUUCUAAUUAUGUGGUCAAAGGAAACGCUCGGCUGCCUGUGAAGUGGAUGGCACCGGAAAGCAUUUUCAACUGUGUGUACACAUUCGAGAGUGAUGUCUGGUCCUAUGGGAUUUUUCUAUGGGAGCUGUUCUCUUUAGGAAGCAGCCCCUACCCUGGGAUGCCAGUCGAUUCGAAGUUCUACAAGAUGAUCAAAGAAGGGUUCCGAAUGCUCAGCCCUGAGCACGCACCUGCUGAAAUGUAUGACAUCAUGAAGACUUGCUGGGAUGCUGAUCCCCUGAAAAGGCCAACGUUCAAGCAGAUCGUGCAGCUAAUUGAGAAGCAGAUUCCGGAUAGCUCCAAUCAUAUUUAUUCCAACCUAGCGAACGGCAGUCCCCACCAGGAGCGGCCCGUGGUGGACCAUUCUGUGCGGAUCAACUCCGUGGGCAGCAGCGCAUCCUCCACCCAGCCUCUGCUGGUGCACGAAGAUGUCUGACGCAGGAGGCAUGCCAGCGGGGGUGGGGGGGUCCUCCCCAACAGGAAUGAUCCCUGCUCUUUUGGUUUCUAUACUGGUUGUUUUUGUUCUCUUUCGGCUUGCAUCCUGUCCCAGAGUAGUGGACACGCCACUGUAAUCCCAUCUUGACGCGCACACUCGAGUGGCCGGUGAUUUUUGUCACCAGCCAGCAUCCUGUUGUAAGAGUUCCAACUGUAUCUUCUCCUCCCCAGAGCCAGGCAGCC